AUGCCCUCUAACGGGUGCGAGACCAGACCGCCCCCACUUGAUUAUGGGCUCUCGCACCCCAUCGAUCCACCCACAAUCGAAACCGAUCAUCCUCCCAAAACGUCCCCAGCCUACAUCGCCGCCACCUCCCUGAAUUCCAAGCGCCGCGGUUUCCGCCUUUCAUGGACAGCACCAAUCCAUGAGCCCAACUUCAUUGGUUUGGGUGUUGGUGGUGUGGCCUUCACCAUCCAAAGCUAG